CCGGCGUGCUGUGCGUCACAGAGGGCGCGGGGACGGCGGGCGGUUGGCGCCGGGGUUUGAAGCGGGUCGUCAUGGUGAAGGCCGAGGUGCCGCGCGGCAGUCUGCGCGCGCUCUUCAAGCGCCACCAACCGCAGCUACGGCUCGGCCGCGAUGUCCACUUCAUGGUGCAUUUAAACUGUCUCUUGUUCUUGCAUCGUCUGGCACAAGAGGCUAGGAUAAAAGCUGUUGAAGCCAAGUGUUCUGCCAUUCAACCAGAUCAUAUCAUGGAAGUGGCAAAGACUGUUCUGAAGAAGAGUAGAGGCUGAAGGGAAGCUUAUGCACAUUAUGCUUGUAUUUUAUAAACCGAUGCUAAUGGAAAUACUGAGUUUUAUGUAACCAAGAAAAUGUAUGAGGUUUUUGAAGAGGUGAAAGAUCCUUGCUGAAUCAUUUACUUCUGUGAUAUUUUGCUUGUGUUAUUUCAUUUAAAUAUUUUUUUUUUUUGCGCUAUGACACGGUUGAGGUGCUUUUUCAAAACAUAUUGCUGAUUACAAAAAUAGAAAGCAUGUUAAAUUCUGGUCAUAUGUGCAAUACAUAUUGCAAUUCAAGGAGUUUAUUUGCCGAUGAAAUCUAGUUUUUGACAUGUUGAAUUGCAUGUGGCUAAAAUAAUUAAAUGAUCAGUAUAUUUUAACUUGCCCAUAAUAAAAUAUUUAAAAAAAUUA